ACAGCUGGCGCCAGUAUAACAGAGAACUCGAAGUCAAAACCAGAGGAGGGAAUGUCAUUUGAACAAACAACAGCAAACAAAAUGGAACAAAAGAUUUCUCAAGAUUUCGACGGGCAUUCGAAGUCUCAUCAUCAAACAUUUGGACAAGAAGGAGGUGGAUCUGCGUUUCCACACCACCGACUGGUUAUAGUCAGCCUGGGCCUGCUCAAUGCUGCUCUAAUAAUAACUGCUGUUGUCAUUGGGAUUUACUGUGCCAAAGGUGAUUUCCUUCAGGUUCCUAAUUCAGCCGCUACACCCCUCAUCCUUGAGAUGAACUAUCUCCGUAACCACAGUGACAUCAUCAGAGCCAAACUGGAGGCCAAAGCACAAUUAGCGAAAGAGCGCGUCAAUCAUGUCCAACUAAAGCUGCAAGUGAAGCAAACUCUGACCAGUAUUGACAGCCUUCAGAGAGAGAUCGAGACCCUCACUACAGAGAAGACAAAUCUGCUGACUGACAAAACUACUUUAGAGGAAUCCUGUGGCAGAUGCCUACGAGGAUGGAGUUUUCUGAAAUCAUCCUGUUAUUAUUUUUCUGACCCUGUGUCUGACUCCAAAAAGAACUGGCCGGAUAGCAGAGCUCACUGCAUUAGUAAAGGGGCCGACCUAAUUGUGAUCAAUAACCUGGAGGAGCAGCAAAUUAUUUCCUACAACUUUCCAAAGCUGAGAGGCAGUGGUAUGUGGUGGCAGAAUGGAUUCUGGAUCGGCCUCACUGACGUAGUGACAGCGGGAACGUGGGUCUGGAUUAACAAUGUGACCGAAGUGGAAACAGGGUACUGGAGAAGUGGACAGCCUGCUCAUGAUGGAGAUCAGAGUGGCAACUGUGCUGCUUUUUAUUACUUUGCAAACAGCAAGGGGACAUGGUAUAAUGGAAACUGCUCUGACCAUCAAUAUAACUGGAUAUGUGAAAUGAUGCCAAGCUCAACAUAAAACCUCUCAAGUGACAAUCCCAAUAACUGCACAAAUACUUGUAUCCAUGCAAAAUCUUAAAAGAAUAAACAAAAACCAGUUUGACACAUUUGAAUGCAUGUUGUAUGUAGGACUGCACCUCACAAUUAUUUUUUAAUAGCUGUCUACAGAACAUCAGAAAAUAGUAAAAAUGAAAAAAAAAAAUGUCCAUCCCAGUUCUUCGAAGUCCAGUGAUGUCUUUAAAUGUGCUGUUCUUUCAGUCCAAACCCAAAGAUAUUCAUAUUAACAUGAUAGAAAACUGUGAAUAACAGGAGAUCUCCAUAUUUGAGAGGCUGGAACAGUAAUUUAUGCCAUUUUUGCAUAAAAAUACUCAGUAAUGCUUUAUAUUAAGGUCCUUGUAAUAAACAUUAAUUAACAAGUAAUAAGGCAUUGUUCUCGCUUUAGAUCCCUUUAGCUGCAAAAAGCAUAGUUAACUGUUAACAAGUGCAUAGUUAACUUAUAAUAGAUGAGCAAUAAAGUAUAUUUUAAUAUCAAUAACCAAAUUACCAAAUAUUCUUUAAUGAUGAAGUAAUAAUUGUAAUGGCUGGCCAUUUUAUCGUGGCAGCUCUAGCUCUUUUAAUCUGUGUAAUUCCGAAUGUUAACAUCCAAUCACAACACGUGAUCAUUUUUAGGGACUACACUUCUACAGACAUCUGUGUGCAUUACAAUUAAACAGUAGCUGGACUGUAGCAGACGAGGCAUUUUCCCCAUGUUAUGUUUUAGCAAAAAAAACAGCUAUUUGAAGUGCUCUACAUCUAGUCUACAACACUAGUUACACACAUUGCUCAUGGUUCCAUUUCAUAUGAAGUUGUUGAUAGUCAUUUUGUUACUAUAACCAUAACUACAUGAUCUGAUAAAGCACCAUAUGUCCAGUUGUAUAUGGAAGAAAAUUUCUGCCGUGUAAUAACUUUAUGACAUAAAACUAAAUUAAAUAAACACCUAA